AUGUUGAACAUUUUAAGAAGUAAAUUUUCUCCUUUCAUGGUACAAAUGCACUACUUUUCAUCUGGAACAGUAGUAAACAAACAGCUCACAAAGACAACAAAACAUAUUAUACUUUAUAAGACCAAAUCAAACUCAUGUUCACUUAUUCAAAAUCGUAGUUUUGCUGGUACAUCUCCACCAUUAAUUACAGAUAUUAAUUAUGAAAGAUUGAAAAAGUUUAUUAACCAAAAUGAAGUGUUAAUUAUUGAUGUACGUACCAAAGAAGAAUUAGCUGCGACAGGAGUUUUACCAAAUAGCUAUAAUAUUCCACUCGAUGAGUUAAAUACUGCAUUUGAAUCAACACCUGACAAAUUUUUAGAAAUGUACAAUAUUCCUAAGCCAGAUAAAGAUCAAAGAAUUGUUUUUUCUUGUGCCAAAGGAAUAAGGAGUUUAAAAGCAUGCCGUUAUGUUGCAGACUUGGGUUAUAAAAACCUUUUCAAUUACACCGAAGGAUGGUUUGGAUGGGAGUCACACAAAUGA